AUGUUUAAAUUAAAAUCUAAUAAAAAUGAGAAUCAUUUAUCUGACAUUGAGAAAAAAUUCAAUCAUAAAUCAGCACCGAAAACUAUACGUUUAUUACUUGCAGAAUUAAUUCAUAGUUUUAUUGAAUAUACAUCUGAAUUAACAUAUUUUUCUAUAAAUGCAUUUCAAACAUCUUCAUUAAAACGUGUACAAACAAUCACAUUAACACGUUUCGAUAAUUAUUGUGUACCGCAUACGUGUGCAUUUUAUUAUAGUUUAAAUCGUGAAUAUGAAGAAUUUAUUGAACGUAUGAAAAAAUUAUGUAAACGUACACAAAAUACAUUUUUAGAUAUACGUUCAGCACGUAUACAUUAUCCUGAAUCGAAAAUGUUUAAUAUUCCAGAUACAUAUCGAUUAUUAAAUAUAUUAAAAUGUAAUAUCGAACGAUUAAGAAAUUUAAAACAAAUUCAUCAAGAUCUUGGACAUGAUCUGCUUUUACCCAAUGAUCAAUUAUUUCUUUCACUUGAUCUUCUUGUAACUAAUUUUCAACUAAUUUUAUGUGAAUUAGAUAAUCAAGUUCGUUUUCGUGAUGUAAUGAUUCUACAAACAUUUGUUAAAGAUAUAUUCCUUCAACUCCGUGUUGUUCUUACAUGGUUAUAUCCAGCAAUUAAAAUGGCUGCUUAUCGUAUUGGUGAUCCAAAUAAACAAUUUGCUGUUAAACGUUGUAAAAAUAUUGAAAAAUUCAUCGAUAAAACUUUUCCAUUAAAUAAUAAUAAUAAUUCAAUAAUUAAAACUACAGAUGAUAGAUCUCAAUCAGUAUUACAAAAUAAUUCAAGUGAACAAGAAUUAAAUAAUGUUAAUGACAUCAAACAGAAUUCUGUAAGUUAUGUAAAAUAUAAUACAAGUUUAUUAUUUAUUAAACGAUCUUGUAUUUUAAAUAAAAGUGAAGAAGUUUCGAGAGCAAAUUUACUUCUUGAUAACGAUAAGAUUUGGUAUAAAGAAAAAAUAAAUGAAAUUCAACAAAAACUUGAUAUGCAUUCAGUAAGAAUAUUUAUUUAUUUUUCAUAUAAAUGCAAAAACAAGUAA